AUCCAACCAUGAUUGAUUGAUGCUGACGAAAUAGUAAAUUCGUGUAACUUUAUUUUUUUUUGUAUAGAGAUAUUUUGAUUUUUCUUAAUUAAUUUAACUAAAUGGUUCAUUAUAAUGAGAAAACGAUUUAAUUCAGAAUCUGAGAAUCUAAUAACGGAAGUCAUCAUACCCGAAGAUAAUCUGUACAAGGAUAAAAUCGUCGAGGAAAGUCUAACAGCAAAAUUAUUUAAAAAUUUCUAUAAAGCUGAAAAUUCGCAAGGAAUUGUCCUUAAUUCGUCAUCCAGCAAUAACUUAUUAAGUGAAGAUAGCUUGCCAGAUCCAGAACCAGAGAUUUUCGUCAUGACUGCACGCGAUAGAACCGUUGAAUUUUCUAAUACAAUUCGUAGUUUACAAGGUCGCAACAUUAAUCGAGUUGUGAAUCUGAAAGAUCCAAAGAAGGUCAAACAGAUGCAAAGCUACUCGGAAUUUAUGUUGAUUGCUAAAAAUAUUGGAAGGAAUAUUGCUAGCACCUACACGAAACUAGAGAAAUUGACUUUAUUGGCAAAGCGAAAAAGUCUCUUUGAUGAUCGACCAGCUGAGAUACAGGAAUUGACAUACAUCAUAAAAGGUGAUCUGAACUCUUUGAAUCAACAAAUUGGACAAUUACAAGAGAUAUCAAGGAAUCAAGGAAAGACUAGUGGGAAGCAUUUACAUUCACAUUCCUCAAAUAUGGUGAUGGCCUUACAGACACGUCUAGCAAAUAUGAGCUCGAAUUUCCAGCAAGUUCUCGAGGUACGUACGGAGAAUUUAAAACAGCAAAAAUCCAGACGAGAACAAUUCUCUCAAGCUCCCGUCACAACAACACUUCCACCAAAACGUGAUAAUCAUACUGGAAGUUUAUUGUUUAGUGAACAAGAUGAUCAAGUCAGUAUUGAUGUAUCUGCAUCGCAGCCACUCAUACCCAAAAAUCAGCUCCAGCAUCAACAAAUGCUUUUAUAUGACGAUACAGAUCAAUAUGUCCAGCAGCGAGCUGAAACUAUGCAAAAUAUAGAAAGUACGAUCGUUGAACUUGGUGGAAUUUUCCAGCAAUUAGCUCACAUGGUUAAGGAACAAGAAGAAACAGUUGGACGAAUUGAUUCCAACAUCCAAGAUGUUGAAAUGAAUGUGGAUGCAGCUCACUCGCAAAUUCUAAAAUAUUUCCAGUCCGUAUCAAAGAAUCGUUGGCUUAUGAUUAAAAUAUUCGGUGUCCUUAUUUUCUUUUUUAUCUUCUUCGUUCUGUUUGUUGCUUAAACCCACUUUCUAAUACCUUAUAUCCUGAA